GCUUGAAACCUUGUCAAAAUUAAGAAAUGAAAACUAAAUAUACUACUAAACAUCUAAAAAGCAUUUCUUAUUUUGUGAAUCCAACUAUGGUUCUUUUUCUAAAGUUUCAAGUCUUCUUUUUCUGCCUCCCCAUUCAAACCGCCCUUUCUGAAUCUGAUUAAAACCACUUCCACCUCUCUCUCUCUCUCUCUCUCUCUCUCUCUCUGAACAACCAAUCCCCUGUUUCUUCUCUGUUUGGCUCCAACUACUCUGUUCUUCUUGUGAUUUCACAAUCAAACCAAAUCUAUUUUUCACCUCUCUCUCUCUCUCUCUCUCUCUCUCUCUCUCUCUCUCUCUCCUGUAUGUACAAAGAGACAGAAUGGCUGCCAACAAAUUCGCAACCAUGUUGCACAGAAACACCAACAGACUGACCCUAAUCCUCAUCUACGCCAUCCUCGAAUGGAUCCUCAUAAUCCUCCUCCUCCUCAACUCUCUCUUCUCCUACUUGAUCAUCAAAUUUGCCGAUUACUUCGGCCUCAAAACACCUUGCCCAUGGUGUUGUCGCAUCGACCACUUCUUCGAUUCCACGAGAAACAAGAAUUCCCUCAGAGAUCUUCUCUGUGAGUCCCACGCCAAAGAGAUUUCCCAGUUGGGUUACUGCUCCAACCACCAGAAAUUAGCCCGAUCACAAGACAUGUGCGAGGACUGCUCACCACCGCAACCAUUUAGCCGUGGAAUUUCAAAGACUUUAGCUUUAUUUCCUUGGCUUAAAGAGCUUGGAAGGAUACAAAAUGAAGAAGAGAAAGUGGGGUUGAAGUGUUCUUGCUGUGAAGCAUGCUUAGAAAAGGAAUUUCUCUCUCCUUACGUAGUGCUCAAGCCUUCUUUGAGUGAUUUGGAGUAUACCCAGAACGGGAAUUUGAUCACUGAGCCCGGUGAUGAAGAUCGGAUUGCAGACGGGAACGAUCUGGAUCAAAUCAUAUCAGUUUCUAUGGUGGAUAGAGAGGAUGAGGCAGAGGUGGAUAAGGAUUGCUCUGUUUCUGUACCUAACUUCGGAUUGAGAGAGAUAGAAGAGGCCGGGAAUGGAGAAUUUUUUGUGAUAGAACAAUUCAAAGAUCACAAUGGGAUAGAGGAAAAGGGUGAGGAGGAGAAUAUAAUCUUUGAGGGAAAUGAAGAAUUGGAUUUAAGAAAACAUGUGGCAGAGACAGAGCAAGAGUCUGGUGAAGGGGAUGGUUCAAAUACCAUGGAGGAUUUUAUUUCUGGUGAGAAAAUGGGACAAUUUUGUGAGGAACAAGAUUCUUCAAUUGAAGUCCCACCUCAGCAUCUGGAGUUCUUUGUCGGACAUGGCGGUUAUCGGUUGAUUCCGGUCGAGUCUGCCGAUUCCGAAACAGAUGAGAGUCAGAGUAACAGCAGUGUUGGUGAGAAAGAUGAUGAUGAAAAUCAUGUGGCCAAUUUGUGUCUCGAGUCCGGCGGCAAUCGUGGAGUCAACGCAGAGCUCUCUGCCUUUGAGAUUAAUGAGGAGGCCAAAUUUUCAAUGAUUGAAUCCAUGGAAAUAGAAGAGGAUGAGAAUUCUCUUAUUUUCCAUCCCAAAGAAUGUGAUUUGGUGAGGGAGGUUUAUGAACAUGUUGAGCCCCAAACCUCAACCAUACACACCUAUGAUUCAGAUGUUCCAGCAGUAACAGAAGAUUCUCUUCAAAUGCCAAUCAAUGAAAUUGAAGCAGAGGUCUCGAUAGGAACCGAAAUUCCUGACGUUGAACACACUGAUGAAUUUCAAAAUCAGGAAAUUCUUCCUCCUUAUACAUCCAUAGAUGAUGACCCUUCAACCAGCUUUGGUUGCAAGCAAGUUGAGGAAGAGUUAGUAGAUGUGAAAAUCAUGUCAGUUGAGGUGCAAGUCAAUGUGAUGCACAAUCAAACUUCACUAGGCUCGGAGUUGAAUGAUAUUGAGGAGGAAAGGGUUCCCGAUACGCCCACUUCGAUAGAAAAUCUCCACCUCCUGCACAAGAAGUUGCUGUUGCUUGAGAAAAGAGAAUCUGGAACGGAAGAGUCUUUAGAUGGAAGCAUGAUAAGCGAAUUCGAAGGAGGCGACGGAGUCAAUGCCAUUGAACACUUGAAAACGGCCUUAAAGGCCGAACGAAAGGCCUCACAUGCUUUAUACGCGGAACUAGAAGAAGAGAGGAGUGCAUCUGCUGUGGCUGCAAACCAAACCAUGGCAAUGAUUAAUAGGCUUCAAGAGGAAAAGGCUGCAAUGCAGAUGGAAGCUUUGCAGUACCAAAGGAUGAUGGAGGAGCAAUCGGAGUACGAUCAAGAAGCGUUGCAGCUGUUGAACGAACUUAUGGUGAAGAGAGAGAGGGAGAAGGAAGAGGCAGAGAGAGAGUUGGAAGUGUAUAGAAAGAGGGUGUUGGAAUAUGAGAGCAAAGAAAAGAUGAGGAUUUUGAGGAGAAGUAGGGAUGGUAGUGGUGGUGGUGGUGGUGGUAGUAGUUGUAAUAGGAGUGAGAGUUCAUUUGCUUGUUCUAGUAAUGCUGGGGAUAGUGAUGGUCUAUCUAUUGACUUGAAUCAAGACGCAAAGGAAGAAGAUGGAUUUGAUCAAGAAAAUGGAAACCACCCUAACACGCCUGUCGAUGCGGUUUUGAAUUUGGAGGAAUCUUUGGCCAAUUUUGAGCAAGAAAGGUUGUCUAUAUUGGAGCAACUCAAGGUUUUGGAAGAGAAGCUUUUUACUUUCGAUGAUGACGACGAUGAUGAUGGUGAAGAGGAACAACAUUUUGCGGAUAUAAGGCCUAUUGAGGAGUUUUACAAAGAAAAUGGAAAACACGAUUUCGGUGGGGAAGAAGUAAAUGGGGUUGGGAAUGGAUUUCACAAGGAAAUGAACGGGAAACACCCUCAAGAGGAAAUUAGACUCGUGGGUGGAAAGGGGAAGAGACUUCUUCCACUUUUCGACGCGACUAGCGCAGAAAGUGAAGCCACGGAAGAGAAUGGACAUGUGAAUGGUUUCCAUUCUGAUGUGUUUGAAGCUUCUGCUGUCAAGAAAAUCGAGCUGGAAAACAAGAGCCCCGCGAUUGAAGAGGAGGUGGAUCAUCUGUAUGAGAGGCUACAAGCACUUGAGGCCGAUAGAGAGUUCCUAAAGCAUUGCAUUAGCUCAAUGAAGAAAGGGGAAAAGGGAAUGGAUCUUCUCCAAGAGAUUUUGCAGCAUCUUCGCGAUUUGAGGGAUGUGGAUCACCGGGUGAAGAAUUUAAGCGACGGUACUCUACUAGUAUGAAGUUGUUCUUAACCAUCAUUCCCAAACAAGACAAUAGAUUAUGGGCUUGUUGAUCAAAUGCUGAUUGAAUUCAGAGUCUUGAAGCAAAGAAGUCCCCUUUGUGGGAGAGGGAAGUUCUUGAAAUGACUGUUUUGGUCAUUUUUCAUUCUUGGGUUUUUGGGUCCAAGUAAUCCCAAAUUUUUGUGGGUUUUUAGUUGUGUACCCAUCUCCACCUUUAAGGGAAAGGAGGAUGAUGAGUCUAUGUGUGUGUAGGUUAGUGAGAGAGAGAGAGAGAGAGAGAGAGAGAGAGAGAGAGAGUGAAAGCGAGAGAGAGAGAGAGAGGGAGAGGGAGCGAGAGAGGGAGAGAGAGAGAGAGAGAGAGAGAGCCACUCUGUCAUUUGUAUUUUUGUGAGAGAGAGAGAGAGAGAGAGAGAGAGAGAGAGAGAGAGAGAGAGAGAGAGAGAGAGAAGGCCUGGCUUGCAAAGCUGGAGUGAUCCAACAGAGAUUCCAGUGCCAGGUACCUUAUAGCACUAGUUUAUUUUGACACACCUUUAAAGGAGUAGGAAAUCUUUAGUUGGUUUUUUUUUAGUGUUUUGUGGAGAGGGAAAAGAAGGGCAAGUAAGUGACUCCUCUUUUCCAUCUCUCUAUCUCUCUCUCCUGCAUCAUUUCAUCACACAUGAUGUUUGUUUAUUUAUGUGUUGGAGGAGUAAAGUUGUUUUAGCUGUAUCAUACUCUACUUGUACCACAUUUGUUUGUAAGUAUAUAAAAGUGAGUGUUUGUUUA